AACACUGUCAAGACACAACAUAUGCAAGAGCAUUCAUAUCGACCACAUGGUGGCUCUAUAACGGGCACAUGUUUAUAUCUCUUGAUCUGUUUGUCUCAGAGUGCUGAAAUUUGUCUUGCCAUAGUUUUAUUUUUGUCUCCAUAGAGUCUACGGGAGUGGACAAGAGAGGAAGUCCGCCUGCUAUCCACUGUGCGUCUACUAAUUCAUCAUGUCAGCCCCAGGUUACCUGUCCCCUCACCAGAGUCCUGGAAGUUACUCCAUGGACCCCUACCCUGUUCCCCAGGGGGGGUAUGGUGACCCUAACCAUGCUCCCCCACCGGUUGGCUUCCAAAUGGGCUACAACCACCAACAACCACACCCAGGCCAGCCUGUGAUGUACCAGCCUGGACCAAUAGGCCCAGGUCCUAUGCCCAUGCCUGAAUACGGUGCACCUCAGAUGGGCCCCAGGCCAGGCUAUGGUGGUCCCAUGCCUGGGCCUGAAUACGGUGCACCUCAGAUGGGCCCAGGCUAUGGUGGUCCCAUGCCUGGACCCGAAUACGGUGCACCUAACUCAGUCCCUCCUGCAGCCAUCUCCCCAGCCCCUGCAGCAGUUGUUCCUGUUGGAGUUCCACCUGGGCUGGAGUACCUAACACAGCUUGACCAGAUACUUAUACACCAAAAGCUGGAAUUGCUGGAAGCGUUCAUUGGCUUUGAGACCAACAACCAAUACGAGAUCAAGAACAGCCUGGGUCAGAAGAUCUACAAGGCCAAGGAGAAGAACGACUGCUGCACACGCUACUGCUGUGGCGCCCUGCGUAGCUUCGACAUGAAGAUCAAGGACAACACGGACCGCGAGGUCAUCCGCCUCAUACGACCCUUCCGCUGUGCCUCUUGCUGUUGCCCCUGCUGCCUGCAAGAGCUCGAGGUCCAAGCUCCGCCUGGCACCACCAUAGGCUAUGUGUUCCAGGACUGGAACCCCUGCGUGCCCAAGUUCUCCAUCAAGGGGGCCAACAAGGAGACCGUAAUGAAGCUGGAGGGACCCUGCUUCGCCUGCAACUGCUGCGGGGACGUCAACUUCGAGCUGACGGGGAAAGAUGGAGGCAAGCCCAUCGGCCGCAUCAGUAAGCAAUGGAGUGGCCUGUUAAAGGAGGUCUUCACCGACACGGACAACUUUGGCAUCCAGUUCCCCCUGGACCUGGACGUCAAGAUGAAGGCUGUGCUCAUGGGCGCCUGCUUCCUCAUCGAUUUCAUGUUCUUCGAGAAGGACUGAUCACUUGAGUCAAUACACUCUGUUUUUCCAUUCCCAUUCGGAACCCUCCUUUUUUCAGAUUCCGUUUGAAACUCCUUCCUUAUUCGAAACCUUAGAGGAAGCUGCCAUUCCGUGCCCGUCCCAGAACUCUUUCUGUGUAACACAACAUGAGGACUUAUCUGAUGAUGAGCUUACCUUUGAGCCAAAAUGGCCUCUGGACUGUUUCUGUGUAUUUAAGAGUGUAUGUAAGAAUCAGCAACUGGGCUUUGACACAUAGGCCUUAGUUUUCUUUCAAUGGGUUUCUCCACUCUCUGCAUGGAGUGUUUGUAUCUAUGUUUUCUCAUAUCUAUCUGUUUCAUCAUAUCUAUGUUUUUUGUAUUUGUUUUCUAUCAAAUAGAUUUUUUGGUUAUCUGUAUACAUUUGGGGUUCAGAACAGUAUGGAAAACUUGACAUGUUCUUAACAAAUACUUUAUUUCAGUAUUUUUUUGGUGUGACUGCCAUGGCAAGCAUUUUAUAAUACCAUACCGCUUCAGUUGAAGUGUUAGAUUCUAGAUUCCUUAUUUGGGAAUUUCUGUUUUGUCCGUGUGCAAUGAUCAUAUUUAGCAUCAACAUGUCAUUCGUAAAACAAAUGUACACUGAGUGUACAAAACAUGACAGACCGCUCUUUCCAUGACAGACUGACCAGGUGAAAGCUAUGAUCCU